AUGAAAAUAGACGCCACUGAUAGAAUCCCACUCAUUGAAGAUGAAUUACCUAGCAGUGAUGAAGUUGUACAAAAAUCAUCAGAUCGUAACAGUAGAAGGGAGGUUACCUUGUCAGAGUCAGUUGGUAGUAUUGUAUCAACAAUAUUUGAAGUUGAAAGCCUUCCUGGAAUUAUUUUGAGAGGUUGCGAUACUAAUACAGAUUGGACCAUGGAUGAAUUGGAUCAACUAACUAAACAAUUUCAAAUAUUAUAUGGUAAUGGAACAAAAAGAACAAAGAAAAUAAUAGAACAAAUCAAGAAAAUUGAUAAAGAAUUAGAACUAAAAGGCUCCAAUACACCAUCAAAUACAUCAAGAAAAAGAAAGCAUUAUGAUGACGAUGAUGAAGAUGAUAGCAGCGAUGAACAAACAGAAAAUACAAAUGUACAAUCAGCAAGAAGAUGCUUUUGCCCUUCGUUAUCCAAGAAAAAGAAUCCAUCUGCAACAGUUGCAUGGGAAAAGUAUACAAAAAGAAGCAAUAGAGGGAAUGUAAAUUCUGUAUCCCUUCGAUAUAAUAGCAAUUUAGCAGCAACAAUGGCCAAUGGUCAUCGCCAAGCAACACUAGUGUUAGAAGCAAGUCUCCAAAAGACAACACCCCUUAUGGGAUCAUCAAAGAAGGAAAGAAUGGAUGAAAUGCAACUUUCUACAUUGCUAGUAGCAGCAGCAACAGUGGAUCGUCAAAAAUUAUCAACUGGUAAUGUGGAAAAUUCUAAUAGUAUAACGGAACAACAAGCCUCAACAAAUGUUACUACUACAACUACUACUCAACAAGCAUCAUUAGUUGUUUCUAGUACCUCUGAACAAGUUCAAGAACAAACUGCAAAUCCACCUCCACAAGUAGAUCAAAUCCCUUCCAUCCAAACAACAUCAUCCUCAACAUAUCCUCCUAUGUAUAAUAAUCAAGUUCCAGUUGAUGAGACGUCAUCUUCUAAUUUCAUUUUACCACCUUUAAGUCAGUCACAUAAUUAUCCAUACACUUGA